AUGCCUGGGGGCUCCGGUGGGCUCAAAGAGAUGUUUCCCAAAGGAGAAGGGGGCUGGCUGAAACCCAGACAGGGGGAGCAGGAGUCCCCUUACCCAGGGAGGAGGAAGGUCAGCCCGGCCCCCCAGGAGACCCCCCAUGGGGGACCACCAGCUCCCAUCAUUAUAGGAAAGGCAGAUGACUGCAAGGUCAAGGAUGCAGCUAAGGAGCCUGUCCCUUCUUCUUCAGCUGCCUCCCCCCUAGAGGGGCUGAAAGACCGGAGGGAUGGUGAAGUUUCUCCUUCCUCCCCACCCAUGCCAGUGAUCAACAAUGUCUUCAGCCUGGCACCUUACCGAGACUACCUGGAGGGGACCGAGAGCUCAGCCCAGGUCCCCUUCCGCAGGGAGCAUCGGCAGGGGGACACCCCUCCCCAAAACACAGAGGGCAGCCGGGACCCUGCUGCACUCGGAGAUGUCUCGGUGACUUCCAGCCUGCUGCCCACAGGGAUGGCAGCCAGCCGGGCACUGAAGACGGGCGGGGGCGCAGCCCAGAGCCAAGGGGAAAGCUGUUACAGAAGGGUCCCUGAAAAGCCAAAGCUUGUGCCCCGAGACCCGGGGUCUCAGGAGGGCAGUCCUGGUGGGGUGGGGAGUGGGGAUCCGGCCCCCGAGGACAUGGUGCUGGACCUCAGCUUGAAGAAGAGACUGGUAAAAGCCAGGAAGACCCAGGGACCCAUUGGCUGUGCAGAGGGGACACCGAAUGGGGAGGAUGUGGAGGAGGAGAAAGAAGAUCCAGGGGGGAAGGUGGGGGUGGGAGAGGGGGCAAAGCCCCAGUCGCUGCCCUUGCUGCUCGACGUGGGCUCUUGGGACAAGAGCAACUUCCAGAGCUCGGCCACCUUCAUGUUCAAAAAAUUCAAGAUCCUGCGCUCCAUCCCACCCAGCACUGUGCCCCCCCAGCAGGGGGCUCGCCCAGACCUGCAGCAGCCCCCGCUGCUCGAAGCCCCCCGUGCACCGAGAGAGGAGAGCAUCUCGCUGCCCGGGCAGUGCGAGGCCCCUGGCCCACAGACGUCCACCAGCCAGUAUUUCACCACCCUGCACACUUGGCUCUGUGACGUUAUUUCAUGCUCGGUGUCCAGGUCCCCCCCGGAGCUCCUGCGGGAGUGGUUGAAGAAAGCAGAGCUGGCGGAGGAGCUCGGAGAGAUGCCCAAAUCCCCACCCAAGCCCAAGAAUGGCUCCAGGAUCCCCGAACCUCAGAAGCCCACCAAAGGCAAGGAGAUCUGGCUGGCUUUCCAGGAUGCGGCCACUCUCCUCACCAACCUGCUCUCUCAGCUGGAGACCUUCAUGUUCGCUCGCAAGUGUCCUUUCCCCCAUGUGGUCCGGGCAGGGGCUGUCUUCAUCCCCAUCCAUGUGGUGAAGGAGAAGCUCUUCCCCAAGCUCCCUGGGGCCUCCGUUGACCAAGUGCUGCAGGAGCACAAGGUGGAGCUGCGCCCCACCACGCUCUCAGAGGAGAAGCACUUGAGGGACCUGGACCUGAAGAGCUGCACCUCGCGCAUGCUGAAGCUCCUGGCGCUCAAGCAGCUCCCUGACAUCUACCCAGACCUGCUUAACCUCCACUGGCACAACUCCAUCAGGCAACAGCUUGGUAGCCCAGGCGUGGAGGCACUGAAAGCUGAUGGCAAAGUGAUAGCCACAGAGAGCACCAAGAGAAAGGAGGCACUAAGGAAUAUGUCAGGGGCAACAGCCCAGCCACCCGCCCGCCAGGACAGGAAAGGGAAGGUUAUUCAUUAUUCAGGACGGAGAGUUGAAGACCCUGCCAUCCCUAACAACUCUUUCCUCUCCCAGCUGGGCUCCCCCAUGGCCUCUCCCAAGCAGAGCCGAGGGGUAGGACCACCAGGCCCCAUGGACAUUGCUGCCCUACAGCCAGAAGUGAUGCUCCGUGGUGAGAGGGAAGGGGCUGUGGCCACGGCCCUGGGUCCUGCUGGCCCUGUGGCCACCGCUGCCAGCAGGCUGUGGUGCAAAGCCUUCCUGGUGCUGGCCAUCUGCCUCUCUGCCACUGCUCUCCCCUACGGCCUGGGGACUUUGGCUGCUCUGCCCCAGGCCACCCCGGGGUCCCUGCCUCCUUCCCACACUCGUCAGGACUCGCCAGCCUCCCAGCAAGGGGUAGGUGAUGAUCUGGUGACAACACAUGGGGACCUGCUCAAGGAACCAGCGAUGCAGCAGCAUGGGAGGGUGUUGACGGGCUCUGUGGGCACCCCAGGCUCUUUUCUGGGGUCUGAAGGAGGCAUGAGCCAUGAUCCCUUCCUCAUGACAGCAUCUGAGGACGGACCCGCUGCAGGGCAACGCCAGGCUGUGAAGGUGGCGGAGAUGAGUGUGCUGCCUGGACAGGCGUCUGUGGCAGAAGCUGGGCACAGCGAGCCCACGAUGGUGUCGUUCCGGCUGUUGGGCAUCGCUUACACCGAGGCUCUGAGCAGCAGGGAUUCGAAGAGCUACAGGGAGCUGGAGGAAGAAGUGAGGCUGAUGCUGAACCAAAUGCUGUCCACCUAUGAGACCUUCCUGCAGGCAAAUGUCCUUGAGUUCAUGAAUGGCUCGGUGGUUGUACGAGGGGAGGCUCUGUUCCGGGGGGAUACUCCUGCUCCUACCAACUCCCACCUCAUCCGGACAGUCAUCACAGAAGCGAGCAGGGGAAAGAGCAUCUUCAGCUGGCAACUGGAGACACAAUCUGUCCAGUCCAGUGGCUUCAGCCUGGAGAACCUGGACCCAGAGAAGCUGUCCAUCUCUCUUUCUGUCCUCCAGCCUGGGAGGAGCAGGACAGACCCCCUGGAGAGGCUGAGGAGUGAGGUGACUUCAUCUCUUGGUGCCCUCUACAAUGUGAGGAACUUCACUAUCACGCAGCUCAAAAACCUCAGUGGGCACCUGGAGAUCACUGCAGACAUCUACCUUGAUACGAUUGUUCAUGCUGAUGUUGCAGAGGUUCUGCAGGCCUUGACAACGCUCUCCACCCUCUCUGUGGAACUGACCUCCCUCUCAGUGGAUGGAGCCAAGCGUGACCUGCAGGUUUACCCAGUCUCCUUCCUCAUCAUCAACAGACAUUUCAGCGAGAACCUUCUGGAUCCACUUGCUAUAGAGUACCAGGAGCUCACCAGAGACCUUGGUGAUGCGGUGGCAAGAGCCCUGAAGGACCAGAGGAGCUUCCUGCAACUGGUGAUCAGAGGAUUCCUGCCUGGCUCCUUGAUCUGCCAUGGGGACCUGGUCUUCCAGCACCCUGCUCCGACUAGUCUGGAAGUUUUGGAAGCACUUGUGCUCUCAGUUGGGCCAAACAAGGCUUUGGCUGGUUCAGACUUCCAGGUGGACCCAUACUCUCUUGCUGUGGGAGAGGACACCCUGGAGCCCCCCCUGCCCGAACCAGGCUUUCCUGAGUACGGUGUGGCCAUCAUGGUUGUGUGCGGCCUCUGCAUCAUUACGGCUCCCAUCAUCUUGCUGGUGUGGCUGAGGAUCAAGAGGCUUGGCUGGAGCGACGUGGCCCUCCUCUGGGGCAGAAGAGACCCUGAAGUGGGGACCCAGACCCUGGAAAUGGAUGACCAAGGGUUCUGGGCAUCCUCUGAACAG